UGCAAGACAGGUUGAAGAAAUUCCUCUGACUCCAGCAAAGGUGUGGCUUUGGUAGGGUUGCCAUAUUGCCCGGUUAGCCGGGUUUUACCCGGAUUCUAUGCAUGCCACCCGGCGCCCGGCUAGCCCUUUAGGUGGCCCAGAUUCUCAGCUUUAAUUUAAAAAAAAAAAGUUUCUAGGUGGUCCUGUUUCGAGAUAUACAUAAAAACGUCAGCCGCCCCCCCCACUGUUAAAUCUUUCUUUAAACAGUACUGUAUAGCACUUCGUAGCUUUAACCCCGCCCGUUCAGGAUUGCAGCCAAUCAGGGAUUGUGUUUCAGUUUCAUUGACUUUAGGCAGUGUCUAGAAAACAAAAUGGUGGUUUCACCCCCUGUUUAUCUGAAAAUCUCAUAAAUUGGAAUCUUCCCUGCGGCUGCAGCAACCAGAGACAGAGAGGCAGAGGCUGAAUGAGUACGCUGGGAAGAGGCUGCUGCAAACUCUCAGCAUCACCGUGGAGUUCAAACGAAGGAGGCAUAUUGCUGUCAGGUCCCCAUAAACUGUCUGAAACGGACCCUGUACACAGGGUCUGGCUGCAAAAUCCCCCUCUUUUCCUUAACGUUGUCUCCACAACAAAAAGUAUUUUCCAAACGAUUCCCAAUACGCUUUGCAAUUCCUAAAAUGCAGGUAAUUAUUCCACCUCGUAACCCCCGAUUCACUCCGACGAAAAUAACCAACAGCAAUUCCAUAAGGGGACCGUGAGAUGCUUGCUUUCAAUUCCCAAGUGAAGUGGGGGGGGGGUGUAUCCAGCAAGCAUCACCUCCGCCCUCCCCACUCAGCCGCAGGAACGCUUCAGGGACCAGUCUGCAAAGAGAUGCAGGAGAGGAAAGAGGAGCUGGAGGGGGCGGUUCGAACUUCCUACUCAUCGGGGCAGGCCCUCCCAGCGAAGCCUUCCUUAGAGUAACAGCCCUUCCCAGAUGCUGAAGGAAAGUGGCGCAUCCGGUUCCUUUCUGCAGCUAUCCGAUAGGCUCAGCCUGGCGAACAGAGAAGCGCAUGGAGACGCCUGGAAUCCUCCGUUACAUUGUCCUGUUGUGCUCUGCGCCGCAUGGGAGGCAGCAGGGUGGAAGCUUUUGGGCCCUAUCGCUGCUCUUCGGAAGACGCAUGUAGAGCUGCGCUUGGUUAAUCAAGGAGUCUGCCAAUAGGGACGCUAUUGGACUAUAAGCCUGGCCCUUUAUCUCCCAUCCAUCAAAAGCAACUUUAGUGGCUGUUGGACCUUGAGGCCACAUCAACACUGCACCCGCCUCCAGGUCAGGUUUCCUACGCCCCUGAUGCCUAUGGUGGCAAGAGGCAAAGAGAUGAGGGCCUCUUUUGCUCAACAGGCCACAGUUUCUGCCAGGACCCGUUCACGUGGCACCAAUGGCACCAUACUGUUGCCUUCCAUGUUGAUGUUUGCCAUAAUUGUGGCGUCCAGCGGUGUACUCCUUAUGAUUGAGAAGGGGAUUUUGGCAGAGAUGAAGCCUCCACCACUACAUCCUUCCCAUGGAGAGCUGCCCUGGAGGCACAUUGGCAGUGCCAGAGCAGCAACAGCACCAGAGGACAUGGAUUACCAGCUGCUGCAGGAAAUCUGUAAUAGAACCAUUCGUACCAUGUGUGGACAAAAAAACAUGCCUCACGGUAUCUGGGAACUCUCACCAGUACAGAGGAGAACAGUGCUCAAACACAUCCUGGUUAGUGACAAACGUCACUUUUUAUUCUGCUAUGUCCCCAAAGUUGUCUGCUCCAACUGGAAACGAAUCCUUAAAGUUUUGGAUGGUGCCCUGGAGAAUGUGAAUGUGAAGCUUAAAAUGGACCACAAAAGGGACUUGGUUUUCCUAAGUGACAUGAAGCCAGAUGAGAUCCGUUACCGGCUAAAGCGCUAUUUCAAGUUCAUAUUUGUCCGGGACCCAAUGGAAAGACUUUUGUCUGCUUAUAGGAAUAAUGGAGAGAUCAAAGAAUAUCAGUUAAAGUAUGGUGUGGAAAUAGUCAAAAGAUAUAGGAAAAACCCUGGGAAAAGCACAGGAGAUGAUGUUACCUUCUCUGAAUUUCUUCAGUACCUCUUAGAUGAAGAGGUGGAGAGAAUGAAUGAACAUUGGAUGCCCAUCUACAAUUUAUGCCAGCCCUGUGCAGUGAGAUAUGAUUUCAUCGGAUCAUAUGAGAGACUGAAUGAGGAUGCCAAUUACAUUCUUGAAAGGGUUCAAGCACCCUCUCUUAUACGGUUCCCAGAAAGGCAAUCAUGGUAUAAGCCAGUGACUCCUGAAACAUUGCAUUAUUAUCUGUGUAACGCUCAGAGGGGGCUUAUAAAAGACUUACUACCAAAGUACAUUCUGGAUUUUUCUUUGUUUGCCUACCCUCUUCCAAAUGUUAGCAGUGAAUUUUGCAGACAAUGAAUUUUUUUCACUGUGAAGAAGUCCGUGUUCUAUGCAGUUUCCUAAUUUUAUACUCUUUUGACAUCAAAUGCUUUGCUGCUUGCUCUACCUUUUUUUACAAUAUAUGUGCUGCUGAGUUAAGCACAAUGUUUUUCUUUUAACUGUGGUUUUUGUAUAUUUUAGGAACAAAACAUUUUUGUAGAAUUAUCGGAGUUUCAACUGCAGGACAGUCACAUUUUGAAAAGAAAUUGUAAUAGCAACAACAGCUUUGGGAAGAGGGCCCAAGCAUCCCUGAUUUGUAUGCUAGUGGUGUGUCACUCACUGGCAUGUAAGAUCUUGUCAUGCAAAAGCAGCAAUUUGAUACAGUGUUGUAUUUUUAUUCCAGUAUCGAACCACAGUGGCAUUCAGGGACCUUUUAUUUUUUUAUUGAUCUUGGUAGAGAUAUUAAGGCUGUGGUUUGCUACUCAGUUAUCUGGGAGCAAGUCCCAUUCAGCUCAGUGGACUUUCUUCUGAGGAGACAUAUAUAGAAUUGGGCUACGUCAAAUAUUGUUUGCAUUAUUUUGUAUAAUAAAAAGGUAACAUCCUCAUCCUAAGCAUUUCUACCCACAAAUCCCCCUGCCUGAAAUAAUGCAGACAAUAACGUGUGACUUGUAUUACUGGAUUAUGAUGAUUUGAUAUCUCAAGCACUUAUUUGGCUAGUUCAACAAUUUAUCAGCAAUAGCAUUUACAGAGCAAUCCUAUGCAUAUUUACAAUAUCAUUGUGUGCACUGGAGCUUAUUUGAGCUUUAAGGAUUGCAGCCUUUAAAGUACUGAGCAUAGGGGAAAUGCAAAAUAUGUGAAAGCGCGUCAAUAACAGUAGAGAUGUGUAUGUAUGCAUGUCAAACCCUCUUCAAAUAAUUGGGAGCUUUGUAUACCGUAGCUUCAGAUAAUGGGAUUUGUAUCUUCCUUGAUGCAGUAGUUUACUAGGUGCUAUCAUGUUUCCUCUGUUUUCUCCAUGAAAAUAUAUGUGCUUUAUUUGUUAAGCUGUUAACACCGACUGUUUUCCUAAUCCUAUCUCAAAGAUUAUCUCUGUGGUAAUAGAUACAAUGUAGUUAGAAAGCCUAAUUUUGUUGGGAAUAUGUUGAAGUCAGAUUAAGUUCUGAUGAUCUGCAUGCAUUCCCACAGCUUUUUAUUUAAGCAUUAUGGUUAUUAAACAUGAAAAAGU